UCAUCCUUGUUUCGUUGUAUUUCCUGUGAUUAACGCUAUAAUCUACCUGCAACAUGUGAAUCCUAAACUAAACACCUUUAAUUAUAAUAAAAGUCGGUCUUUUGAGUUGGGGGCUUCAUAAGAGAGAAUGAGACCUGGAUCAGCUGCUGUGUUUCUGAUUUUCCUGAUGAACGUCUCUACAGGUCAAACUCCGACAUGUUAUAGAGACGAGUAUGAGACAUCUGGUGGAUGCUGUCCUAUGUGUCCAGCUGGACGUUGGGUUUAUGAAGACUGCACUGAGUCCAGAAGUUCUCUCUGUAAGGCCUGCCCUGGUGAAACCUUUAUGAACCAUCCGACUUCCCGUAAAGAGUGCUACAAGUGUAAAAGCUGUGAUGAAGGUUCUGGUCUGAAGAACAAGACGUCGUGUACCAACAUGUCAGACACAGUUUGUGAACCUCUGGAAGGAUUUUACUGCUCAGACUCUAGAGAGGACGACUGUGAGGAAGCAAGGAAACACAGACGCUGUAAACCAGGAGAAUACAUCAGAGAACACGGAACUUCCUCCGCAGACACCAUGUGCUCGACCUGCUCUGAUGGAACAUUUUCAGACAGGACCUUUACAUCUUGUCAGAAUCACACACAAUGUGAAUCAGAGGGUCUGCUGCUGCUGAGAGCAGGAACUGAGACAGAGGACGCUCAGUGUGGAGGAAAAGUGUCAUACAGGACUGAAGUGACAGUCGCUGGUGUUGCUGGUGUAGUCAUCGUACUCGUAGUGUGUUAUCUCGUAUGCAGGAAAAUCCAACAAAAAAAAAGCAGAAAAAUAAAACAUUCAGGACCCUCCUACCUGGUAUGUUUCAAACUCUCUUUACUCUCAAUCUGUUUUAUGUUCAAUGAUUUAAUAAAGUCUCUCUUAUUAAUGUUUCCCGUACAGGAAGGUGUGAAUUCAGGACAAUCAUCUCAGCAGAAUCUGAAGUCAAAUGACUCCAAACAUUCAAAGAUUGAGAUGGGUCAGAUUUAACUCCUGCAGAGUGAAUCAUCUCCAGGAUCCUGUUCUGGUCCAUUCUGACACACUGUUGAUAUGUGAACCUGUUACGCUGUAAUAUGAGCAUUGAACCAAAUCAACACACCUGUGGGUGCGACGUCCCCCUCUGCACUUUAUAUGUAUGACGCGCACCCACACACUCUCCCUCUUUCUAUCCUCCUGGUCGGUAUGAGCUUAUACCAGCUUGUAUUGUCCUACCUUGUUAAUCCUCACGAUCUUGACUGCCGAUUACCGGGCUGCCGGCAAGACGUUUUACAUUUCUAUUGGCAUCUGUAAAUCUAAAGAAACCAAAAUGAUCUCUGGGGUCCCACAAAGGUCAGUCCUUGGGCCAUUACUUUUUAAUCUAUACAUGCUUCCACUUGGUACAAUCAUCCAGAAACACAACAUAUCUUACCACUCAUACGCUGUACAUCUCUCUCUCAUCUGAAGAUCUCAGUCCUAUAAACAAACUAACAGACUGCAUAAAAAAUAUCAAUUCCUGAUGUCCAGCAACUUUCUCAAACUAAAGACAGACAGACAGGACAGAAAUAUCAGCACAUCCAUCUUCACCUCAAAUCCAUGACCAUGAAAUACAGCGAGCAGGCCAGAAAUCUUUGCAUCAUUUUGGAUUCUGACCUUAGCUUUAACAGUCAUAUCUCCAACAUUACCAGAACAGCAUUUUACCAUUUGAAGAACAUAUCAAAACUCUGAUCCUUCAUAUCCCAAACUGACGCCGAGAAAUGAGUCAUCUCAGCCAGGUUAGAUGACUGUAACGCUCUAUGUGCAUCAAAACAAUCUGUAGGAAGACUUCAACUUAUUCAAAAUUCAGCAGCCAGAGUCCUGACCCCGUAUGAGAAAAUGUGAUCACAUCACUCCGGUCCUCAAAACUCUCCAUUGGCUCCCCGUACAACACAGAAUCACCUUCAAAAUCCUACUCUUAGUCCAUAAAGCUGGUUCAGCUCCGGAGGACAUUUCUGACCUGUUCACAGACUACAACCCAACCCGGACCCUCAGGGUAAAAACAGUUCACGUUUAAUUACUGCAACCUUUGAUUUGAGGCCAUGCCAAGUGAAAUAUGCAGACAGAUACUGUAUAUGGAUACACACUGGGCACCAUCAACACUAUUAAUCUGAGCUUUAGUUCGUUCAUGUUUCCAGGUUUUGCAGCUGAAGUCAAAUAUAAUGUGAUGAACGUUUUAUUUUUGUGUUACUGAUAUUACGCGUGUGUGCGUGUGAUGUUCCUGUUUCUCUUUUUAAAAGCAUGAAUUAAAAAGAUUUUA